CGGGGGUGCGAGCCCGGCCCGGGAAAGCUCGGCAGCGCUUCCCACCCGACCGGAACGCUGAGGAGUUCUCGGGAAGGAUGACUGGGAUUGCCCAGGCCGCCCUCGGGCUCUCCUGGCCCCGAAAGCAGCCCGUGUGGGCCGGCGGGACCACGCCGUGUUGGGAGCGUGGAAACCAAGCGCGUAUUUAGGCCGCGUGGAUGAUUCAGCCUGCAUACAGAACCAGCGAUUAGUUUGCGUUGGAAGGGACCUUUGGAGAUAUCCAGUCCAAUCCCCCAGGCUAGAGCAGGUUACACAGGAACGUGUCCAGAGGUGGUUCUGUGUUAUGUGAACAACACAGACAGUUUGGAACUGGGAAAACGUGGCUGUAAAUCAUGCAGCUCUAUUUAGGGAAACGUGACUAUGAAGGGUUUCUGUGUUCUCUGCUGUUGCCUGCGGAAUCUCGAACAUCUGCUUUUGCCUUGAGAGCCUUCAAUGUGGAACUGGCUCAGAUUAAAGACUCUGUAACUCAGAAGACUACAGGUUUGAUGCGGAUGCAGUUCUGGAGGGAUGCCGUGGAGGGCAUAUAUGGUGAUAACCCACCACAUCAGCCUGUUGCUACAGAAUUGUGGAAGGCUGUCAAGAGGCAUAACUUGACUAAAAUGUGGUUCAUGAAGAUCAUAGAUGAAAGAGAGAAGAAUUUGGAUGAUAGGGCGUACCGUAACAUCCAGGAGCUGGAAACAUACGCUGAGAACACUCAGAGUGCUCUCCUGUACCUCAUCCUGGAAACGCUGGGUGUGAGGGACAUCCAUGCUGACCAUGCAGCCAGUCACAUUGGGAAAGCACAAGGCAUAGUUACCUGUUUAAGGGCGACUCCGUAUCAUUGUACAAGACGAAAGGUCUUUCUUCCUAUGGACAUUUGUAUGCUGCAUGGAGUUUCACAAGAGGAUUUCAUAAGAGGCAAGCAAGAGAAAAAUGUGAGAGAUGUAAUAUAUGACAUCGCCAGCCAGGCUCAUAUUCAUCUAGAACAUGCUAGAUCUUUCAGUAAGAAAGUUCCUGUGAAGGCGUAUCCUGCUUUUUUCUGUACGGUUGCUUUAGAUGAUUAUUUAUAUAACAUGCGAAAAGUGGACUUCAAUAUAUUUCAUCCAAGCUUACAAAAGAAGAGUACAUUAUUACCAUUGCAUUUAUAUAUUAGAUCUUGGAAAAAAACAUAUUAAAGUUUGUUUGAUUACUUUAAUAUG